AUGUGUGAAAGCUAAAAUAAUCACAUUGAAGAAACAAUUUAACCGAAAUCAUUUGAAAUUUAAAAAAUUCUUAGUUAACAGUAUCAAUAUAAACACUUAAAAAAUAGCUUCUUUAAAUUAUUGAGAACUUAUCCUAUAUUUGAGAUAGUUGAAAUACCAAAAUAGAAGUCGAUACUGCAAUAAGUAGAAAUAAUUAAAGUGUUAAAAGAGUACUCUUAAAAAGUAGAAGUAGAGAGAACUUAAUAAAACUAAAUAAGUAUAGCUGAAACCACUUAUAAGUAUGCCUAAACCUACUUGAAUUAUAUUCUUAAUCCACAAAUUAAGUAUGUAUGUAAUAAGGAUUAAUAUUUAAUCAUUUAUAAUCUUCUAUGA